UCACAGCUUCCUCUCCGUUGGCGUGUACUCGGGACUCGGCUUCGGGUCCUGGAAAGCUGCACAGACAUUUUUACCACAGGCUUUUACUGUACUGACUUGGUUUUCUUAUGAAUUCACCCAACACUGCUGCCGCAUAUGAUUUACGACCCCUGAAGACAUCCUUGUGCACAUUGUUGCUCAGAUCUCUGAGAACUGAUGGAGUUCAAGUCAAACAACAUCGCUUUCUCUCUGUGAUCAAACUUGGCAGUGAUGCAUCUUGGCCACCUGGUCACCAGCAGCUCCACUCUCCAGAUUUCACCUCAAGCUGACGUCGCUGGUCUCACUAGCAUACACCAAGUUCUUCUGGAGACAGUUCAGCCCGGCCAGGUCAGAGCCAUCAUAGGUCCUAACAGGGACAUGGAGAAGACUCCAGAACUGCAGACACCACAGCCUUCAAGAAGCUGCAGCUCACCUGGAGCUGCUGAGAAGUCCUGCUGGAGCUUGGAUCUGAGGGUGGCUGUGCUGCUGGUGACUCUGGCUGGAGCUGUCGUCCUGCUGCUGCUCUACAAACUCUUACAGCUGAGGCACAGGCUCAGACUAGCGAGGGCAAGACAUGCUUUGGAGUACAACAGCUUCUACCACAGCGCCACCUACAGACUGAAACAACCCACCGCUUGUCGGAAAAUACCGACCAAAAAUGGGAUGAUCCCUGAAGACACAACUCCAAUCCAAACCAUAACUGCAGUGACUUCCAGUGUCAUCAGCCCACUCUUACCCUCUCCACCUAUACUUCCACUCCCACCAGCUCCUGUUCAACCAACUCCACCUGUGCAUCGCCCACCUUCUCUCCCUCUGACUCCACGAGUUCUGUCACUGCCUCUAAUCCACACCACUCCACCCAGCCCUCACUUGUCAUGGGGAGCCUGUUCGGAUGCAGAUGUUUAUUCUCGGAUUGGAGCUUUCAGGCCCUCCAGACUCUCCAGCCUCUCCAGCCAGUCCACUGUCAUCCUAUUUGAACACUCUGCACUAUGAACUCUGACGCAUAACAUGACUGUUGAUUUGAAUGAUAACCAGAUUUACUUAUUUUAAUCCUCUCUUCAACACCAUGUGUUCAUUACUAGCGGGAUCUUCUACAGAUGUUUGUACUUUGACUCAAAUUUAUAGAUAAAAUCUUAUUAUUAUUUUAUAUUUGCUAAAGAAAGAAAGCUAAGCUUAGCUUCUUUUGAAAGUCUAGUGUUAUAAAUACAGAGCUGUGAAAAAGUAUUUAUCCCCAAUACGAUUUCUUCAGUUUGCUUUUUUUGUCCCACUUACAUGUUUCAGAUGAUCAAACAAAUUUUAAUGUCAGACAAAUACAAGCCUGAGUAACUGAAAGCAGUUUUUAAACUAUCCAAGGGUAGCAACUGGCCUUCCACUGUUAGGCCAUGAAUUAACUGUGAUUUACCUUCAUUUUAGGAAAGCUGAGUUCAAUUUCACCGAGGCCUGAUUACUGCCAGGCAUGUAGAAUCAAGAAAUUACUUGAACAGAACCUGUCUGACAACAUGAAGAAGGCCAAAUUAUCUCAAAAAACACAACAUGCCUCGAUGUAAGGAAAUUCAAGAACAGAUAAAAAAACAAAGUCACUGUCAUCUAUCAGUCUGGGAAGUUUACAAACCACUUUCUAAGGCUUUGAGACUUCAGAGAAUUACAUAGAGAACUGUUACCUGGAGAGAACAUGGAACAGUGGAGAACCUUCUCAGGAGUGGCUGGCUUACCAAACAUAUUCCAAGAACUCAUCGGCGACUCGUCCAGGAGGUCCCAGAAGAACCUAAAACAACUUCCAAAGGUCUGCAGACCUCACUGCCACUGUUAAGGUCAAAGUUCAUGAUUCAACAAAAAGAAAGAAACUGGACAAAAAUGGACUCCAUGGGAGAGCUUCAAAACCAGAACCACUGCUGACCUAAGCAGAACACAAAGGAUCAUCUACACACACCAGAAAAAACAUUUUGAUGAACCCAAAGACUGUAAGGAAUGUAUUCUGUGGACUAAAAGUAGUGGAAGUUUGUGUCCUGCUAAAUCUGGCAUAAAAUUAACAGUUUCAGGGAAAGAUCAUCGGAAAUUCCUGAAGGAGAUCCUCUGACCAUCAGUUUGUGACCAUAAGCUCAGGAAUAAAUGGGUUAUGCAGCAGAGCAAUAAUCUAAAGUACACAAGCAAUACUCUUUUGAAUGGUUUUCGACAACAAAAAGUCAAAGUUUUAACUUUUGAUCCAACUGAGAUGCUGUGGCCUGACCUUAAACAGGCUGUUCGUGCGUGAAAACCAUCAGAUGUAACUGAAUUAAAAGAACUCCACAAAGAAGAAAAAAAUUCCUCCACCAUAAUGGAAAAGACUCAUUACUGCCAAGGUGAAACACCUAGUUAUUAGGUUUAGGAGGCACUUACUUUUCCCUAUAGAACCAGGUUGGUUUUGAUUGAUUUUUAUGCACUAAAUAAAUAAAAUCAUAAUUUAAAAACUGCAUUUUGUAUUUACUCAGGUUAUCUUUGUUUAUCGGAAACAUUUAAGUGAGACAAAAACAGCAGAAAUCUGGUAUAGGGCAAAACGUUUUCAUGACACUAUAGAUCUGAUGUAAAUGAGAGAUUCAUGAUUGAAGAAGUCUACAAAUAAUGAAAAUCUCAUUCAUGCUCGCUUUUUGAAAUGUAUCCAUUUUAUUUCACUGCCUCUGCAGCAUAUUGUAACAUGUGUGCUUCGCUCUCCUCUUACAGGCGAUUCCAAGGCCAGGCAGCAGUGCUUACACAGAUCAAAUUAACAUAUUUUGUUACACAAGCACUCAGGUAGAGAGUUUUGUUCAUACAAUCCUGCUGAACCUGGACACGACCAUCUGAAGCCGUAGUUUGUUACUACCAGGUGUCCAGCAGGGGGAAGUGUACAGGGCCAGUCAGAGAAAAUGCAGAACAUCUUGGAAAUUUCUUGCCAGUGCUUGUAUUAUAUGACACCAUUAUAGGCUAAACGAAAUGUUGCAACAUCCAUUAAAGGAUUACAAUGUUUAAAUUCCCUGUUAAAAUUUCAAAGCAUUGAUUUUUAUGUUGUAAGGAAAAAAUGCAAUCAAUUAUCUUUGUGUUUUUGUUUCCUUUUCUCUGUCAGGUGUUUUUCUGCUUAUCCAGGCUAUUGGAUUCCUUCUGUUUAGUUUUCAGUCCCUGGAUUUGUUUUGUUUCAUCUGUUCGUAUAUAUUCUCCUAUAGAUCUGUUUUUCCCUGGGUUUUGUUAUUCAGUUUAGCUUCUUUGUUUUUCUGCUCAGUUCCUCAUAUUCCUCCUCAUUAGUUUAUUGAGAUACAUUUCCCUCAGUCUCCCUGCAGCCUGUUUCCACACCUGUGCCAUGUUUCACCUGAUUACCUGUCUCCCUGCUCUUUGGUUCAUACUCCUCUUCCCUCAGUACUUAAGCUUUCUGGUUUUCAUUUUUACCAACUGGUUCCUCCUGAAUUCCUCUGCCAGCUACCCUGGUUGUAACCAGUUCUUGUUUGCUGGCUCCAUGUUUGUCUUCCAUGUAUGUUCACUACUUAUAUUUACAAUUAAACAAAUAACUUUUCUACUCACCAUGCGACUCAGACCAAACCAAGACCUGUCAUGACAUCAAGAAUAACCAGCUGGAUUUUCCUUUAAUUAUGACUGUUUCUGUGCCCAUUUCUGGGAAAUACUUUAACAAAAAUACAUAUUUUGGUUUUUGUUCCAUUAAAAGGCUAAGAGGCUAAUUUAGAGUAAAUAUCAUAUUUUAUGACUAGGAAGCCAGAGUACCUGGAGAGAAUCCAGACAUGCACAGGGAGAUCAUGUAACUCCAUGCAGGAAGGGCCCAGGCUGCGAUUUAACCCAAAGGGCUUUUCUGCUGCAAGGCAACAGUGCUAACCACUGCACCACCAUGUAGCCCUACCAUGUUUACAGUUUUCAUUCAGUAUCCAGAGUUACUAUUUGUUUUUUAAAUUUAAAGUCUAAAUAACUCGACUGGACUUGUGGAAUAACUACCUUGCUUGAGCCAAGUUAGAUGCUUGCCAUCACCAUAGCAACAACAGAAAGUUGUUCAAAAGUUUUAUUUGGAGAUACCAGUCUAUUCUUAGCCUCACAAUGAUAUGUUGGCCACAUCUUAUUCAAUAUAUCGGCACUGCAACGUGCAAAACACAGAGAAGAGGGAGGGCAUUUACAGUAUAAGGAUCGCUGUUCAAAUGUCAAAUUAAAAUCGAUACGUAAAUCAUUUCAAAAUUUCAGCAGAAAGUAAAGCCUUAAAGCCAUUAACAAAUUGAACAACAAAAAGUCUAAACCUUGAAAGAGUAAUUUCUCUGAGUAUUGCACGCUCUGACGUUAAGGCAGAUCUGCAGGGCAUCCAAUCCAGGGAAGACUGACAGCUGUCUCAAAUGUUUUCCACUUCUAAGUAAUCUUUCCCUCUGCACAACGGUGGGCUACAUCUGGAAACGGCCUUAUAACCCUUGCCAGAUUGGGCAGGAACUGUUGCUUCUCUAAGGUCAUUGCUGAAGUCUUUCCACUCUGGCAUAAUGUUAACACCUUUCAGCUUAAAAGGAGCAAACUGACAAAACUUCAGCUUUUAUAGAGGUGCUCACACUGAUAAUGUUAGUUAAUUAAAUCUUUUAAUUGGGAGCAGCGGCUGCCUUCUUAUAUCCUAUAGAAGCAGUGUUUCAACACAGAUUUUUGAUUGAGGUUUUCUUUUUAUCAUGACUGCAUUCAGUUAUUUUCUGUCAAAAAGCUUUUGUUGAAUACUAAUGUUUAAUCUAUUUUUUCUGUUUAUGUUUUGCAACCCAGAGUCAUACCUUGAAUACCUUAAGUUAUGGUGUCAGUAGGGAUUUUCUUCUGGUUAUUCAGCCUUGGCUGAGAUAUUCAGCCUCAGAUUGCUCCUGUUUUCUUUUAUCUUUUCUAUUAUUUUCGGGGAAGACCUUUUAUGUCCCUCAGUUGGAUUGAAAAAUUAGGUUUGACUAUGCAGGAAACAUUUGUUCCAGUUUUGCUACUUUGGUUUGUGUAUGUAGUUUUCUGCAGCUGAAAUGAAAGAAGCAAAAAUAUAUCGCAAAUCUUGAUUCAUUCUUCAGAAAACUCACUGAUGAUAAACGAUAAGGAAGGCUGAAAGGCAAAAUCUAAGGUAAUGGUUGAAUCAUUCAGUCAAAAUCCUUUGAAAAUUGGUCUCUGCUGAUACAUAAAAUCAGACUUUCAUCUAUCAAAUGUUUAUGUGUCUGAAGACGUUCAGGCAGACGGAUUCAAGAAGCAGACUGAAAAUGUCAUGGACUGAUCUGCCCUUAAUAACUCAAUAGAAAUGCAUGGAAAUUGCUCUCCCAAGUCACACGAGUCCUGCAUUUCUUAAAUUCUAUAUAUAUUUUUUGCUUUCUUUCUGCACAAAAAGGUGACUGUAGUCUAACUUUAAUGUUAUCGCAGAAGGAGCCAUUGCAUGGCCCUAUUGGGCAUUUACAAAUUUAUCUGUAAAUCUUUCUUUAAUUCAUUUGUACUUGUUAGUGGCAGUGCCUUAAAAAAGUAUUAAUACGCUUUAAACUUUUCACAUUUUGUCACAAUAACUUCAUAGUAUUUUACUGGGAUUUUAUGAGACAGACAAACACAAGGAGCAUAAUUAUGUUGAGGAAAUUGUUAAUAAACACAAAUAUAAAAUGUGUGGUGUGUUUUAAGACCUUUUUACUCUUUCACCCAUAAAUAAAAUAUAGAGACAUCUGUU